GCCACACUUGUCUAUUUCAUUUCGUGCCGCCAGCAAAGAUUUUUGCAAUUUUGUAUGGCAAAAUGAAGUACACUUUGGAGGGCAGCAAUGCUCGCGUUUUGGCCAAAGCUAUGCAGUCGCUGUCCAAGAUUGGCAAGGAAAUGUUCAUCGAGAUCGAGCAGGACGGUCUACGAAUGAGGGCCAUAAACGUUACACAGUCGGCUGUGGGCAGCAUAUUCUUCAAAAGGUCCAUGUUCGAGGUGUUCGACAUGCCACCAAGCUCGGACUUUUAUUGCAAGAUAUCCAUGAAGUGCUGUCUGGCCGUGUUUCGCAAUAUGAGCGAGGUCGAGUACUGCGAGCUGAACCUAAUCGACAAUGGGAACAAUCUCCGGGUGAAUCUGCGCUGCAAGCUAGAGACCACCAAAGAGGCCACCAUUUCCAUAAUCGAUGAUCAGAACAUCAACACAAACAUCGACACGGACCAGAGACCAAAUGUAAUAAAGGGCGACCACAAGCUGUUCAUGGACAUCUCCAACAAUUUCAAUACCACGGAAAUGGAACUAACCCUGGAGGCCAACACAGACAGCUUGGUGGCCAAGAACUACAUCGAAGGCUCUCGGGUGAAUGAUAAAUUUAUGCGAACGCAGCUGAAACUGAAGCCCAGCGAAUUUGACCAGUAUCAGGUGACCAACGAGACGGUCAUUACGUUUUGCCUCAAGGAGUUUCGGGCCUUUCUGCUCUUUGCCGAGUGCUUGAAUGCCUCGCUGUGGCUGGAGUUUGACGAAGCGGGCAGUCCCUUCAUGUUAAAAAUCAAGAAACAUGGCGAGAUAGAUUGUCUCCUGAUUAUGUCCACACUGUCCCCAGACGAUGUCAGCUUCUCGGACGAUUACCGCCAGCGGGAAAUGACCGUUCAAAAUGAUGAUGUGCGAACUGCAGGUUCAAAGCGCAAGAGCAGCACUCCGGGACCAAGUGUGCAGCAAAAGCGACGACAGCACGAUAGCCGGGAGGAUAGCCCACCGGAAAGCCCGCUUUUUGAGUUUCGAGACUCGGAAGCACCGUCCGUGCAGCAGGCACGUAUGCUAGCGGAGGUGGACACUGUUGUUCUGAUAGAAGAUGAAGCUGAGGAAGAGGCACUGCUGCUGGCAGCAGCCGAUGCCGCAUUAGAGGCCGUACGGUUGGCUCCUCCGACAACUGUGCCCGAACCACCAGCCGCAGCCGCACCCGCACAGCCGAACAGCACAGAAGUUUGCUUCUUCAAUACAGACGAUGUGCCAGCCACGCAGUCUCCCGUGCUUCCGGCCGACGAUCCUGACGAUGAUGAUGAUGAGUGCAUACCGCAGUCCCCCGAACGCGUGGCCAAGGUGCGCACCAUCUUCUCACGUUGCUUUCAAAGCACAUACGUUCCACGCGAGCCCUCGCCCAGCAGUCUGGCCUAUGCUCCGAAUUCAGAUACAGAGUAAUUCUCUGUAAUUCGAUGUUUGUUCAUUUAUUAAUAAAAAGUAUUAAGCUAGUA